CUCAUUCUAUCACUUAAAACUUCAAACCUUCGCGUCAUCUCUCUCUCUCUCGUCGGAGCUUGGGUAGCCAUGGCGGCGCAGCAGCAGAAGCACCAGAAGAUGGUUGAGGAUCAGGAAAACGUUGAUGGCAUGCAGCAUGGGCCAUUCCCUGUGGAGCAGCUUCAGGCUUCUGGUAUAGCUGCUGUUGAUGUGAAGAAACUCAAAGAUGCUGGUCUCUGCACUGUGGAAUCUGUUGCCUACUCACCAAGAAAAGAUUUAUUGCAAAUUAAAGGAAUUAGUGAAGCAAAAGUUGAUAAGAUCAUUGAAGCAGCGUCAAAGCUUGUCCCUUUGGGCUUUACCAGUGCAAGCCAACUUCAUGCACAGAGGCUUGAAAUCAUCCAAAUCACUUCUGGAUCAAAAGAACUUGAUAAGAUUCUCGAGGGAGGGAUCGAAACUGGAUCCAUUACUGAGAUAUAUGGUGAGUUCCGUUCUGGAAAGACUCAACUAUGCCACACUCUUUGUGUCACGUGUCAACUUCCUCUGGAUCAAGGAGGUGGUGAAGGAAAAGCUAUGUAUAUUGAUGCGGAAGGUACUUUCAGACCACAAAGACUUCUGCAGAUAGCAGAGAGGUAUGGUUUGAAUGGUGAAGAUGUUCUAGAGAAUGUGGCAUAUGCUAGGGCAUAUAACACUGAUCAUCAAUCGAGGCUUCUGUUGGAAGCAGCGUCUAUGAUGGUCGAGACCAGGUUUGCUCUUAUGAUAGUAGAUAGUGCUACAGCUCUCUACAGGACAGAUUUCUCUGGGAGGGGAGAAUUGUCAGCCAGGCAAAUGCAUCUUGCAAAGUUUUUGAGGAGCCUUCAAAAGAUGGCAGAUGAGUUCGGGGUUGCUGUAGUGAUCACCAAUCAAGUUGUUGCACAAGUCGAUGGGUCUGCAAUCUUUGCCGGCCCACAAAUCAAACCGAUCGGUGGAAACAUCAUGGCACAUGCUUCUACCACAAGGCUCGCAUUGCGCAAAGGAAGGGGUGAGGAGCGUAUCUGUAAAGUAAUAAGCUCUCCGUGUCUCGCGGAAGCUGAAGCACGGUUUCAGAUUUCACCUGAAGGUGUUACUGAUGUAAAGGAUUGACUCAAAACAUUCAUCACCAACCAAUGUCCAGACAUACUCUUCAAUAUCGCUUGUCUGAAUAUCUAUAACGAUUAUCGACUCCAUGACAUGGAGGACGACGAUGAAUAUCUAUGCAUACAAACCUGUGAAUUUUGUAUCUCUCAAUGUAUCUAAUCUGCCUGAGAAAAACAUAUUCAGAAUCUUUUCUAAGAUAUUCCUUGGCUUACAUUUUAAAUGUUCAAAUUUGUUUA